CUCCAGGCCCAGCAAUGCUUCGGCUUCGGCGUGGAGUGCGUCCCCCUCGUCGGGCCACAGCCGCCGAGGUUUUACCAUCACGCCUUCGUCGAAACCUUGCCAUUUGUCGAUCGACUUGCAAAUCUCAACAGACUCGCGUAUCAUCCGUCCAUUUACUUCCAGCAAGGGCAAGAGUCCUGUCCCCGAGAUGUCGUAUAUCCAUUCGGGCUUCUCACCAUAGGAAAGCAGAUUGAUGCGCUUCAAGGUGUAGGGCAUACACUUUUCUUCCAACGUCAUCCAAACCGAAGC